CAUUCCGCGGGUCCUUGGAACAAUCAACGAAGUGUGUAAAGUCACCUGCAGAAAUUGAUCACUGGUCACAGUUUGAAUUUUUUUUCUUUAAAAUGACUGAAUUAAAUGACUGAUUAAAGAAAGUUUGUAUAACAUCGCCUGGCACAAUUAAAAGAAAGUACUCCUGACACUCAACAUGAAUGUGAUAUGUUUUUCGCUUAUUACUUUCACGUGUUUCUAUGCUACAACCCAAGCUGAAAUAUUUCGUGUGCGUCAAGAUAACAUUGAAACUAGGAGUAAAAAAGGUGAGUCAAUAUAUUGGAAGACUGGAAUCCCUCUUGUGUUUGAAAAAAAGAAGAAUGGUUUUGUAAGAACUGAAAUCCCGGAACAACGUGAUCACGUGGACAAAGAAGAAAAUGAUUCCCACAUCGACAAGUCAAAGAAGAGUUAUAAAUUGGAAAAAGAUAAGAAACGAAAAAAGAAUCCUGAAGAGUUGGGACAAGGCUAUGAAAAAAUAAAAGACAUGGGAUCAAACAACAUAGAUGACGACAAUAAGAAUGAUGAAGUUCUUAACAAAGGAUCGAAGAAGAUAAAAAAAAAAUAUGACAGUAAGACGACAAAAAAAGGCAAGAAUUCGCUUAGCUUGAAUGGAGAGUUUCCUCCAAAUGCAGAUGAAGUGAAAAAUUUGCCUAAAGAUGAAGAAUUGACUCCUCUGCAAGCGGACAAAAAGUUGGAAGAAAAAAGGAAAGGUUACGUACAUUUCACAAUUAUGCAAAAAUUCAAGCCGGAGUUAAAAUACAAAGAGUCAGCAGCCUAUAAAAUCUUAGCAGGGAAUGUGAUGAAAGAUGUGAAUCGAGCAUUGAGAACUGCAAACGUGGUUCAAGAUGUUUUAUUCAGUGAAGCAAAGAAUGUUGGUGCUCCUCCUUAUCGAUCCAAGGUUGAAGUUUACCUAAAACUCAACCACAUUAACUACAAAAAAUUAAAAAAAAUGGUUGAUUAUGGAUUGAUCAAUGGAAUGAUAACAAUUCCUGGGUCAUUUACUUCUUAAAGAUGGAGAACAGCAAUGCUUAUAAAAAGUUUUAAAUGAAGAGAAUUUGAAAGCAAAUUAAAUGAUGAUGUUGAAGCAGAAAACAUGAUCAACAUACUGUUAAUAAAUUUUUUGGCAUUUCUAUUUGGAUGUAUUUUACAACUGUUGAUGUGAAAUAUAUCGAAGAAAUUAUCAUUACUCUGCCUGUUAAACCUUGUAUAUAUUACUGCAUAUUGCAAGAUGUAAUGGAAAAAACAUUACAUGUGUGCUAAACCAUAUAAAUUUGAUAAUGAAAGACAAUGAUUCAGGAAAUAAAUGAUAAAGAUUAAACAUCUUUGAUAAAUGAAAA